AUGAAGGCAGCCCAAUCGGUCCAUCUUCGAAAGAUGCUUCCGAAGGUUCUUCUCAUCGCCGUCUUGGCUCUGGCCUUCGUCAUGGCAGCUCCGCCAGUGUCCUCAGAGGAGGACGGUGAGGCUCAAUUCAUUGUUCUUCUAAAGCUUUCAUUUCAGAUUUUUCCGACCUCAUCGACGAUAGUGAACUGGCCAUUUUCGAACUAGGUGAGUCUGAAGAUCUGCGAUAGUGAAAAUAUGGAAGUUUCUCAGCCGCGAUGUCUCCACAACUUCGAGCCUACUUGCGCUGCGUUCGCCGAUGCCGCAGAAAGGGACCGAAUCCGGCUUGCGUCAACCGAUGCAAGAAGACUCAUCCGUUCCCGGUAUGAUCAAUGUCCAGUCUGAUUAGAGGCUCACUUUAGAGCAGAAUAGUUCCACUAACAGAAGUUUUGAGCCGAAAGUUUUUGCUCCAAAGCUUUUGAAGGCGAAAAAAAGAUGUAAAGUUCCGGAGAAGGAUCAUUCGAUCUAGGAGUCUGGGUAUUUUUUCUUUCAAAAAUUUUCUGAUUGAGUCAGAGUGUGACGUUUCUCAUGAGGAACAGUUCUGAAGAAAAAUUUCCAGGGACAAGGCGGAAAGCCAGGCGGCGGCAAGCCAGGAGGUGGCGGUGGUGGAGCCGCUACUCCAGCUCCGGCCGCGACGACGACGGCAGCUGGAGGAGCUGCGACUACGGCUGCCGGAACUGCGGGUGGAGAAACGACUACGGCGGCUGGUGGUGCCGCGACAACUACUGGUUUGUUUGAAAUCCAGAAUUCUGUCGACUCAGUUGCAUUGUUUUCAGCUGCAGCUUAA